AUGGCGCGCAGGAGGCACGGGAUGGUCAAGGAAGAUGAACCGAUACUGGACGCCACAGCAUCAAGUUCACUGAGACUCAGAGCAACUGUUCUUUUUACUCUAGCUUUUCGACCUUCCAGGUGUGCAGACUUUGCCAAACCAGACCAGCAAGCUUUUGACCCUGGCUCCUACGUGCCCUUCAAUGUCACAGUGGGUCCUUUAGAAGCGCCCAUGGCCAAACUCAUCGGCCCGUACCGUGCGAACAACGACCAGUGCUCUUUCAUCCUCGAUGCGUCUGGCAGCCGAGCGCGGGAGAUCAUGUACUCCUUGGAUACUUUGGGUCGAAGACUGGACGAGGAUCGAAGACUUCAGAACGCUAGCCUUCCAGACAUCAAUUCGGGCUUGCAAUAUGGGUGGCGUGUAAGGCAGCUGGCCGCUGGAAUUGAUGACCAGAAAGAUCCUCCUACGGUGCCCAACAAGGCGCUGGCGAUCUCAGAGCUCGAGAGGAUACGCACCUCACAACUCUUGGUCCCGCAGGCCCUUCUUACUGAAGGCCUUUUCGUCUUUACCGUGGAGGUUUAUGACGCGCUGUAUCCCAGUUUGAUAGCCAAUGCCAGCACCACAGUGCUCUUGGACAAGAAGGACUACUUGCCAGUGAUCAUAACAGAAGGCCCUUCAGGUGUUCUGGGUCCUUCUGAUCCAGUAGAGGCUACCUUCAUUCAGACUUGCAUCGUGCAAACAACAAAAGACGACAUUGAAAGAACGCAUGCGGUCAUUUUGAUGCGUGGCAUUCUGGGACAGCCUCGGAGCUUCAUGAGGGCAUACAAAGAGCUCACCUACACUCACAAGCUCAGGGAUAUCGCUGGAGGGGUUAGCAAUUCGCUUUGGAUCUACACCUCAGCAGAUAGAGCAGACCUCCAAGCUGGCUUCAUCUAUUCCUACAGGCUUUUGGCAUCCUCAGUGCCGAAGGAAGCCCACUUGAUGUCAAAUUACAAGGAGACACUGCUAGAAUCAGGUGAGAAUUCACAGGGCCCAAUGAGAGACUUGGGAGUGGAGCCCAUGGAUGAUCCGGAGUCAAUCAAAGUGAUCACUGUCGACACGGAGCCCUUUGGCGUCGACUGGGGGCCCUUCGCUGGCACGUUGGACGUGCUUGAUCCAGUUGGGCGCAUCGGCAUUGCUAUGUCCGAUGUCUUCCGUCUUCAACAAGCGUGGGCAACAGAUAAGCCGCCGCUGGAAUAUACCUUCUACUACGGCGAGGUGCCAGAGGAGAAGCGAGAAGAGUUCAUGGCGGAGCUUCGUAACUUCGACCAAGAUAUCCUCACAGAUCAGAGAGUGUCAGCCCUUGUGCCGCAGAAUGCCAUGGUUCCUCUGUCAGAUUGGUCGCAAUCACCAACGCUGGCGCUGCCGCUGAAAGAAGGCAUGUACGUCUUCGAAGGCCGUGCAAGAGACGCCACCGGUCUUGAGGCCAAGAAGUAUGUUGUGGCAUGGUCCCAUCCUGCCUACCAGGAAACGGUUGUCACAAGCUAUGAUCGGAUCAGACACCUAGAGACCUACAUGCGACAAUCGAGACAAGCCAUCCUCCAGGUUCGAGCUUUCAACCGUGGCUCCGUAUCGGUGGUGCCAGCCGGCCUUCCCAAUGCCUUGCGUUGUGACUGA